UUUGUGAAGGGCCCACUGUUUUUUUGUGGCCGGUCCGAUGAGUCAGCCUAAUGAGUUGGGUUAAUAUCAAUCUUUGCUUCUUUUUUUUUUUUUUCCAAUCAUUCUAUCUCAUGUACUUACCAAGGCCCUGUUUGGUAGACCCCUAAAAAUGAGUUAAUCUUAUUUUAGUUAACAUUAACUAUGUAUUAGAGGCAUAUCUCUCUAAUAGAUAAUCGCCAUUUACAUGAACACAUUUUGUAUUAGAGAUCAAGAUCUCGGCCUAAUUACUGUUACCUAAAAUGAGAUCAACUCAUUUUUAUGUGUUUACCAAACAGGGCCUAAAUAAAUCGAUCCCUCUCCACUAAUAUUUCCACCUUUGACUUAAUUCUAUUAAUGGUUGAUUACUGCCAAUCUCUGUUUAAAUUGGUCUCUUAAGUUUUUCUAAAUAAAAUUAAUUUUUUCCAUUAAAAAUCAAUUUGCCCCAAAAAAGAAUUUUUUGCCUUGAUCAUCUUAUGAGUUUUUCAUGUGGCAAAAUACAAGUAGCAGAUCCUUUCAUGCAUAAACUUGGCUUGAUACAUGUCAAAUUGUCGAAACAUUGAGAAAUUGAUUACCAUCAUGUGGAAGGGAUUUGAUGGCUGUAUCAUGACUGUUAUAUGAGUAUAAGGAAUCAUUUUGGGGUGCAUUGAUUUUGGAUUUCAGGACUGGUUAUAUCACAUUCUAGUUCUUACUAUUUAAAAAUAUUUUACAGUAUAGAGACUACACCAAUUCUUGGUAUCCUUGGAAAUUUUGUGACCGAAUAACAAUGGUGAUUGAGAAUUGGAAUUUUGGUUUGGAUGAGAUAAACGACCUUAAUCUGUCACUGUGCUGUUGUAAAAUUUCCAAUGCAACUUUGUGCAGGGCAAGAGAUCCAUUCCAUAUGGCAUGUAUGUGAUGAUCUUGUUCAUUCCUCAUCAGGCACCUUAAAUGCUGAUGAUGAGCUGACUAUCCUAACCAAAUUGAGAAUAUCAUACCAAGAAAAAAGAAGAAGAAGAAGAUUACGUACAGAAUUUUAGUGAUUUUUUACACCUUUUUUAAUGGUUAUGAUUCCUCAGUCACUGCAAUAUUUGGUCCAUGGCCCAUUCAUGGUUCUUCCCAGUGGAUUAACAGUUCAGAUCAUCAUAUGCAUAUGCCAUGUGUGGUGUAGAAAGUGGGAGUGGAUCCUAUCUAUUCACCGAGGAGGAUAAAUUUUCGUCCUCCCAGGUCUAUUUCAUAUACAAUGAAGUAUUUUACAGUGCUCAGCCCAAGUUACUUUAUUUUUGGGACAGUAUUCUGUAGAAGUGCGAUCAAGCUUUCGGCAAUCCAGAUCAUUCACCUGGUGGGCCCCCACUGUAGAUGGUCGAUGGACCAAAAAUCUCUUCCAUCUAAGCUAUACCAGCCAUUACUGGUACAUGUUUUCCAAUUAUGUAUAUGAUGUUGGCUGAAUCUUUUUUCUAACCAUCCAUUUGCAGAGCAGUAACUGAACGGCUGGAAAAAUCAGACGGGUCAUUUUUUCAGCAUCUUGCAUGCACAGGAGAUCCCACAGAUUUUUUUUUUGUCUCGAUUAUUGAAAUGUGGGCCCUACCUGUAUGGAAUGCUGGUUUCAACAAAAACAUAAAGGGGGGAGACCCAUUUUAUAUUCCCACUUGUAAAAUACUUGUCCAUGGUUUUGGUGUAUAUUGCAAGUUUUGCAUUUGACUUUAUAACAGCAAUGAAACUGUCAGCUAUUGUGGAAUCUUCCCAUUCUUAAAAAAAUAUGUGCUUUGACAGACUUUGUUUCUUUAUUACAGCCUAAAAGGCCUUAUGGUAGUAGUUUCCCAUAUCUUAGUAGAGAAAUGCCAAGACUACUCACAAGAACAGAAUUCAGAAUCCUACUCUCAGAAUGUUGUGCAUGAUCCGGGCUCUUCAUUAAAUGGACCCCACUUUGUGCGCCAUGAAUAAAAAAUAAGGAUGGUAGACCGCACGUGUGCCGAAAAAAAGCUGAUGGUCUGAAUGGCUGAUUAACAGUCAUCAUUCAAGAAAUACCUGAUGACCAAUUGGCCUGAUCAUGGCACAUAUACAGUGGGGUUCACCAUUCACCUGAUGAAUGGCCCUGAUAGCAGUAGAAGAAAAUUCCACUCUUGCGAGUACCCUUAGCAGGAUCGUCCAAGUUCUAGAAAGAUGAAUUGGGUCAACCAUUUUCUGUACAAAUUGCUAAAACAGCCAAAGCAAACAAGUUCAUUGCUUUGAAUCAUGGAGAACAAGGAUGUGGAUCGGAUCAGUAAUUUGCCUGACACAGUUCUCAAUCACAUCCUCUCUUUGUUGCCGAUGAAAACUGCUGUAAGAACGAGUGUUCUCUCAAGAAGAUGGAGAUACCUUUGGGCUUACAUCCCGAAUAUCGACUUCAAUUUCAUGGAGCUAACAACCCUGACUCGGAAAGAAAUGGUAUCUGUUGUCAACCGAUUUCUACAGCUACGCAAAGAGAUCCAAACACAGAGAUUUCAUCUCUGCUUCUGCCCAAGUAAGAAGAUUUCAUUCCCAGUCACAAAAUGGAUCCGUUUCAUAACAGUGAGAGGCGUUCAAGAGCUCGAUCUUGAUUUCACUUGGAGAUGUAGUGACUUGGGUUCGUUGGGGAGUUUCACUUGGAGAGAGCAGUUUAAGCUACCUUGCUUUGUAUUCAAUUGUCCGACGAUUACACUUUUGAAAUUGGACUUUUGUGUUUUGAGCUUGCCUUCAUAUUUCAAUGGUUUGAGAUCUCUCAAAAUUCUCUCCUUGUCAUAUGUUGAGAUUUCAGAUGAGUCGAUCUGGAGAUUGAUUCUGAAUUGCCCAGUUCUUGAGAGCUUGAGUAUUGUGUAUUGUCAUCUACUGAAGUAUCUGAAGGUCAGUGGUCCUGGUUUGAUGCUUAAGAGAUUGACAGUGAUGAGUCUCUGGAAUCUGCAAGCAAUUGAGAUCGACACUCCCAGUCUCCUAUUGUUACAGUAUGAUGGAAAAAUGAUCGACCUCUCUUUCAAGAACAUCUCGCAAUUGGUCGAUGCCAUGAUCAACUUUGAAGAUUGCCAAGAAGCAGAAUGGUGUGGUGACCACAAAAAGACUAUCAGAACUUUCACAUGUCACGAUUCUUACCGUCUGCGGUCCAUUUCUUCAGGUAUUAUCUCCCAUCCAUGAUGAGGCCAGUCAUAUUAACAGUUCAACUCAACAAAGGUUAUUUAUGAAGACCGAAACAACCUCAGCCCGUUUGCCACAUUCCCUAAUCUUACGGAAUUGCAUUUGCUGAAGAGCCCAAUGUUGGAAUCAACGCUCAUCACUGUCGCUUCCAUCCGCAUUGGCUGUCCUUAUUUGGAGAGAGUUUUCAUAGAUGUGCGUCUCAUCACUGAAUUCAAGGUUGCUAACUUAAGCUGUGUUUGGGUGCCCAAUUGAAUUGAAUUGCAAUAACUCUGUUUAGUAAAGAAGAAAUGAGCAAAACUAUAGUUGCCUAAGGGCCUGUUUGGGUAACAUUUAGAAAUGAGUCCAUCUCAUUUUAGUUAAUCGUAAUUAUGCAUCAGAGAUCAUAUUUUUCAUUAUUGAGAUUACUUAAUCCUCACCCA